GGCGUCUCCAAAUUUGACACACACCGUGCGCAAAGCUGGAGAUGCGCCCCUUUUUGCGCGCGAGGCAGCGUGAUCUGUACGUGAAGCAGCGGAGAGGAAGAAAGAAGAAGUAUCUCCCGCUUGAACUUUCCCUUGCCUCGGGUCAGGGAGAUAAUCGUUCGCACCCCCUCCCCAUCCCUCAGCCUCCAGCUUAACUCGCUGAUCUGAGAGCAGCAGAAGCUCCCCGCUCCUCUCCCCUCUCUUUUUUUAUAUAUAUUUUUUUAGCAGCUCCUCACCGCUGCGCGCACCAGACGCGCUCCCUCCACGCCGGGAUGGACUCGCCUCGGUCUCUGCAUCCUUGACGCCGCCUGUAGUUCAGUUGGAGUUCCCCACAGAAAGACAGAACACCUUUUUUUCUUUCUCUCUCCUGUAACUGGACUUUAUUUCUGCGUAACGGCCGCGGCGCGCUCCUCUGCGGCAGCAGUUCCGAACUGGGAAUGGAUUUGGACCGGGUUUUUUUGCAGUUCUGUUUGGUCCUGAGUUGUGCGUGCUGCUGCGCACUCGCUUUCGUGGAGGAUCCCUCCGGAGGAGGCAGGUCGGACGGCUUCUGCGGGCGGAUCCUGCGGGCGCAGAUCCAGGGGACCCGGAAGGAAGGGCACCAUGAGUUCAGACUCAAGGUGGAGGGAGACCAGGAGAACUACAAGCCUGGCACCACCUACAAAGUUCUCCUCCUGGCAACCAGCCCCGCGUAUUUCAGAGGCUUCACUCUCAUCGCGCUGAAAGAGGGCAGGGAGGGCACCGCGCCUGACGACUACAUCGGACAGUUCCAGAUCGUCGAUGAAGAUGACACUCAGUUCAUGAGCAACUGUCCUCCUGCUGUGACGGAGAGCACGCCUCGCAGGCGCACAAGGAUACAGGUCUUCUGGACAGCGCCACCCUCUGGUUCUGGCUGUGUCAUACUCAAGGCGAGUAUUGUUCAGAAAAGAGUCAUCUUUUUCCAGGAUAAAGGCUCCCUCACAGUUCGACUCUGUGAGAAAGAGCCCACACACCUCGACGCCACAUCAGCUCCACCCAUUGAGUGCUGUGCCUGCGGGACUGCCAAAUACCGGCUCACCUUCUACGGCAACUGGUCCGAAAAAGUUCAUCCCAAAGACUAUCCCAGACGUGCCAAUCACUGGUCAGCUCUUAUCGGUGCGUCCCACUCCAGGAAUUAUGUGCUGUGGGAGUACGGAGGCUAUGCCAGCGAGGGGGUCCGUCAGGUGGCGGAGUUUGGCUCCCCAAUCAAGAUGGAAGGAGAGAUUCGACAGAAGGGAGACGACGUCCUGACUGUUAUUAAGACGAAGGCUCAGUGGCCGGCGUGGCAGCCGCUCAACCUACGAGCAGCGCCGUCGGCAGAGUUCUCGGUGGACCGAACGCGCCACCUCAUGUCCUUCCUCACUAUGCUCGGGCCGAGCCCGGACUGGAACGUGGGCUUGUCUGGGGAGGAUCUCUGCACCAAGGACUGUGGCUGGAUUCAGAGGCUCGUUGCCGACCUCGUACCGUGGGACGCAGGCACGGAUAGCGGCGUCACAUAUGAGUCCCCAAACAAGCCCACCAUUCCUCAAGACAAAAUCCGACCUUUGUCCAGCUUGGACCACCCUCAAAGUCCAUUCUACGACCCCCAAGGAGGACCAAUGACACCCUUGGCCAGGGUGGUGGUGGAACGUAUCGCCAGAAAGGGAGAACAGUGUAAUGUGGUCCCAGACACCAUAGAUGACAUUGUUGCUGAUAUUGGACAGGAGGAGAAGGAGGAAGACGACACACCAGAGACAUGCAUCUACUCGGCCUGGUCUCCAUGGUCGGCGUGCAGCAGCGCCACGUGUGACAAAGGCCGCAGGAUGAGGCAGAGGAUGCUGAAGGCGCAGCUCGACCUGAGCGUGCCCUGUCCUCACACGCAGGAUUUCCAGCCAUGCAUGGCGCCAGGAUGCAGCAUGGAGGAGCCAUCGACAUGCAUGAUGUCGGAGUGGAUCAGCUGGUCAGCCUGCAGUGUGUCCUGCGGGAUGGGAAUGAGGUCCAGAGAGCGAUACGUCAAGCAGUAUCCCGAGGAUGGCUCGCUCUGUCAGCUGCACACCGAAGAAACUGAGAAGUGUGUCGUAAACGACGAGUGCUUGCCCAGCAGCUGCGUGGUGACAGAGUGGGGGGAGUGGGACCCCUGCAGCGUCACCUGUGGCCUCGGCAUGAGAAGACGUGAGCGCAUGGUGAAGAUGCCCCCUACAGACGGCUCCAUGUGCAAAGUAGAGAUCACAGAGGUGGACAAGUGCAUGAUGCCAGAGUGCCACGCCGACGCCUGUGUGCCCACGCCCUGGUCGGAGUGGAGCGAGUGCAGCGCCACGUGUGGCCGCGGCACUCGGACACGCCAGAGGAUGAGGAAGACGAAUCAGGCGGAGUGUAGGGAGGAGACGGAGCAGAAGGAGUGCAGGCUGCCCGAGUGCGCGGUCGACUGCAUGGUCUCAGAGUGGACGGAGUGGUCCGAGUGCAACAAGUCCUGUGGGAAAGGACACACCAUUCGUACCCGGAUGAUCAAACUGGAGCCGGACUUCGGGGGAAGAGCUUGUCCUGAGACCAUCCAGAGGAAGAAGUGCAAGCUCAGGAAAUGCCCUGGAAAGAGAAAGGAAAGCAGAGGCUGCAGGAGCCACCCAUGGAGCAGCUGGACCUCCUGCACCAAACCCUGCGGAGGAGGAAUACAGGAGCGCUUCAAGGUGGAGCGGAAAAGGGCAAAGGGCAGCUGCAAAGAGCAGAAGGAGGUCCAUGCCUGUAACGUUCAUCCCUGCUAGGGGGCACUACUGAGCUGCAGAGAGGAGAAAAAAAGAGGGAUUUAUGCAGGGCAUAAGAAAAACAAAACAGUUCCUUAUAUGUGUGUGUAGAGAUGAAAAAGAGCUAACAAGAAAGAGAGGGAUAAACAAGUAGAAGCUGAUUGGCUGUUUAGUGAAGCCAUUGUAGACAUGUUGUAACACUAAGACUUUUGUUUUAGACCACAAUGGAGGUAAGAAGAGCACCUGUGUCCUGCAAACAUCUGCUUUAGAAAAACUAACCACUUUCUUUUUUUUCAUCGAUUUAAAUAUUUUGUUUUCUCAGCAGGUCAUUUUCUUUAAUAGAAUAUUUCAUAAUUCAUCUUAAUUCAAGAAAAGCUUAAUACAUUUUUGCAAUAGAGCAUUUAACUUUAGUUAACAUUUUAGGCAGGAUUGUACAGUCAUUUAUAUUCUUUUAAAUGAGAGAAACAAAAAAAUACCCUCAAAUAUAGUACACACUUCAGUCAAAAUUUUAAAAAAGUUGAGCAUUAGUUGCAUAGAUGUUGCCAUGACAACCGGAGGAUUGCCAAAAACAUCUUUCAUGUCAAGAUAUUAAAAUAUUAGGUGAUAAAGACAAUUAAAAUGUAUGAAACUUAAAAAAAUUUCUAAUGGCAACCUUCCUUUUUUGUCUUUCAAACAUGAAACUGAUAAAUAUAAAUUUUUUUCUAAAUUUAGCUCUAUUAUUUUUAACCAAGAAAAACUAUUAAAUAUAAAUACAGGCACAAUCAUUUAAAGACAUACUCAAAGUAUUUCUGAAGAUGUGUUUUUGUAGAGGCAAACUGUGACUUUAUUGCCUUUUUAGCAGUUUUUGUUGUUCCCAAACAUAAAGAAACACAGUUUUAUGUUGUUUUUAGUCAUGAACCUUCAGCUGCAAACAAGAGAAAUAAUCAAACAUUUAAUGAAAAAUCAUGUUUUCACACAGCAAAUGCACAAGCUCUCAUAGCAGGAAUGCAUCUUUUUAGUUUUUCAUCCAAAAAGGAUCUUUCAAUCCACUGUCUCACCAUGCAUUUGAAUGACACUGCUACACAAUUACUACAAAACCAGACCACACAGGCACGCUUCAAUGUUUUUCUACUGUUGAGGUCAGUCCUCACUGCUGUUUUUUCUGUCGUCUCAGCUAAUACGGAAUUGAAAUCCUGUUUUCGCAUGUGCAAUUUUUGCUUUUUUAUGCUCCCUUAGGCUUCAUCACCUGUAGUUAAUGUCUGCCUUUGGUAGGAAGUCAUGCAGAUCUGCUCUGCUGCACAAAAUGGUGCAGAAUUGUGUGGUAUGAAAGGUCUAUCAGCAGGUUUAUGCUUUAACAAGUUGUUUGUAUUUUAUCUUCUUGUUGUUUUUCAUGCCAGCUGUGUUCUGUUCUUCUUUUUAGUCUUCUUUGUUCCAAAUGUUUUUUAAACUCCACUAUUGUUUUUCUUUUUCAGAUUUUUUUUUCUUUUCUUCUUCUGUACCUCGUGACUAUUUUGUAAGAAGCCACCUUUACAAUAAAAAGUUAAUUGUGAAAGUUGUCAAAUCU